GGUCAGUAUAUCUAUGGUGGUCAGUCUCUCCAGCCCUGACUUGGAAGCCUUCCAGAACAUCACCGACUCGGAGUAAACCCCCGUCCCCCGCUCCCAGCAGCACGGCUGGUCGCUGUCGCUUUUCUCCGGUGCCGAACAGUCUGUCCGCCCAAAACACUGUUUGUAUGCGGUGUUUGUCCUUCAACUUACUGAAAAAGUCGUUCUCGCUGUGGAAAACAUUGAAGUGAACCUUCCACUCCUUUCUGUCUCACCUUGCUGAUGUCAAGCAACAUGAUCAGCGGUGUAUAUGGCGUGACCAUGCAGUGGAGCCCUGAGCAGUCCCAGUGGGCGGAGCAACACUAUGACAUCACCUCCACCACUCGUUCACCAGGGCAUAAGAUCGAAGCGCUUCGGGAUCCGAGGCUAACCGGUUCGACCUCAACUGCAGCGUACCAGCAUUCAUGGGCAAAUGAUGACAUUUCAGCUCUGACCGCUUCUAACCUGCUCAAGAGGUAUGCAGAGAGAUAUUCUGCUAUUCUGGAUCUACCUUGUGAGAGUGGACUUAUGGGAUAUCCUGACACAGCCAUCUCUGUUAGUGUAAGGGGACCCGGUAUUGUGAAUAACGGGUCCCCCCUUCUUAAUGGACGAAAGCUGGAGGCUGAACCUUGGCUGGAGGGUGUCUAUCCUCCUUUAGGUUGCAUACCUGAACUUCUUCCUAAAGCGCCACUGAGCGUGUCAGAUGUGUCCGUCAGUGCGUGCAACUCUCCGGUUUUAGGCAACGGGAGUCUUCCGGAACCUUGUUUUUCCAGCAGUAGUUGUAACAGUCAGACAGGCAAUCAGGAAUACAGCAGCACUCCCUAUAGCACUCCCUUCCUCCAGCCUGUAGGUGCUUAUGGUGGCCCCCUUUUCCACCCUACGCCUUCCCAUCCUAGUCUAGUCUCAGCCUACAGUGCUAACACCUCACCAAAUCUGUCUGCAUACAGCUAUCCGAAUCCGCGAUACCCCUCACAAGCUGUUCUUCCUGCAGGCUACAGUCCUCCUCCAGCAUACCUGCCUACAGGUGUAACUCCACCUAACCCUCUUCCAGCUGUGGGAUACUCAUAUCCCACCACCAAUCUGGGUGGUAGUGUCUCUGAAAGUGAUGCCCCAAGUGCUACCAACCUUUCCAAGUCAUAUUACCCAUCAGCUCAAGGUGAAAUCGGAGUGUUUGAGGAGUUUGAUUUUGGCGGGAACUCCAAUUCGGACUCUAGGUCUGAAGGCAGCCCUCUCUACAGACCGUCAGGAGACGACACGGUGGACAAGCAAAAUGGGUUCAGCCAAUCAGCAGAUGUGACAUCUUCAUCCUUCAAGCCAGCCAAUCAUGGAGAUUCUUUAAGAAGCCUGGAGACUCUCACCGCAGCCAUGAGCGGAAGGAGCAGUGGCACGUCCGGACAACGAUUCCCAUCUACCUCGACUCCUGUCGUCACUCCUCACCAACAUCUCUGCCUCGACACAAACACACCCUGAGCGACCGUGCUCAACCUCAGCAAGCAGUGCUUGAGUUGAUGAAGUGUGAGUGCUCCCUCCAGUGGACCGGAGGUAGAGAGGAGAAACUUGCUCAAAGCCAUAGUGUCAGGGUUCAAUGCUGGGGCCUCAAAAUAUAGAUGCACCGGGGGAAUUCUGGGCUGUCGGGUCAACAGGGACAGGAGGAGUUUAGUUUCUCCUUUCUGCAAAGAUGACACUGAUGUUUAUGCCCCUUCUAGCCGAGCCUAACAGGUCAAUGCGAGACAGUGACCCCUGAUGGAACAGACAGACCAGCAUAUCCUCAAUGACGGACGCAUAUAUCUUGAGUGGGAAAGGGUUCACUCCUCCAUUCCGACAGAUAGGAAAGUACAUCAAGGGAAUUUAUAUGACUAACGGAUGUGUGGUGGCUGCCAUGGAGACAAGGAGUCGCAGUAACAGAUGUGGUGGUUGGACAGUAGCUAUGGUUGACCAUAUUGCCAUGGUGUACAUUGUGUGUGUG